AUGUCGGCUCCUCCCGUCCCCCAACUCCCGCCAUUGGACUCGACCUACGGCGUAUGGCUCGUAUCCUUGUUCGUCGAGACUAUUCUUUACGGAAUGGGCAUCCUGCAAGCAUGGAUCUACUUUGCCAAUCGGCCUCAAGACUCGUUGUCUAUCAAGCUCACGGUCUUGAUCGUCGUUGUCCUCGAAACCUUACAGGCCACCUUCUUUUUUCGCUCGAGCUAUCUCCGCUUCGUUCAAAACUUCGGAGUCUUGACUGCUGUGCUUAACUGGGUCGAUUCUGUGCAACUCCUUUCGUCAUAUCUCGGUGCCUUUGCCGUUCAACUCUUCUUCGCAAGCCGGGUUUAUAGAUUGACCCAAAACACUCGGAGCUGGUUUGCCAAGAUCGGAAUGUAUGGCAUCUUCUUUUUCGCCUUCAUUUCCGUUGUUGCCGGUAUCGCGCAAACAGCCUGGACAAACGCUAUCGGCUCCUUCCUCAAAUUGGAUGAGACAAAGGCUGUCACUACUGUCCAAGCUGCUACUUCGCUUGCCUGCGACUUGCUUAUCACGCUCUUCCUUUGUGUCUUCCUCACCAGCCAGAAGGGUGAUAUCAAAAAGACAAACGUUAUGAUGGAUAGGCUCAUCUACGAGGCAAUCAAUCGCGGCACCUUAACUGCGUUGGCGUCUGGAAUCAACCUUGUGCUGUUCCUUGCUCUUCCCGACACGUUCUGGUUCUUCCUCGGUCUCGCGCCCAGCUCGAAGUUGUACAUGAAUAGUAUGCUUGCCACGCUCAACAACCGACAACGCAUUCGCGAUCAAGUUGCUUCUUCUGCUGACAAGGGUUGGAACUCGAUUCCGAUGGGCUCCAUGGCGCAUACUGCUGGUGGACGAUCAAUGGGACCUAUCGAGUUCAAGGCACACGGUAAUGACACCAAGAGCAACUUUGAAGGCGACGUCUCGAUCAUUGACGCGAUGGCCAACAAAAGUUUGGAAGUCACCGACAAUGCAGUUAUGGGUGUCCACGUCAAGGUUCAGCGCCAAGUCUUGGCUCGUUAA